UUGCGUAAAAACUGCCCGUCGUUGAAUGCUGUAGCUAUCACUACGAUGUCCUGCAUGUGUCUGUCUUUACAAGCAAUCGAAUUAUCAACCUUCUCAUGUAGCAAGCUGCUUACCUGAAACCUAAUUUUUGGAUAGAGUGAUAGUAGAAGUCUCAUUUCAGUAUGAAUGAGCCAGAAGGACUGCGGUUCAGGAGGCUGAACAGACCACAGAUUAUCACAGACGAAUUACAGGAACCCCAAUACAAGGGCACCAGUACCUACAGUGGAAAGGUAUUCCGUGUGACCCUGGUGACCCUGGGAGGAUGCCUGAUCCUUCCAUUGCUUGUAGUCUUUUUUCUGCUCGAGUCUCCUAUUCACCCUGAGCUGCUCAGCCUCAAUGAGCCUCCCCUUAUGUCUGGGUGUUACGAGCCCAACGUUAAGCUGAGGGAAGCACAGCGGCUGUUUGAGGACCAGCUUGUUGGCCCAGAGUCCAUUGCCAACUUCGGAGAUGUCAUUUACACAGGUACGGCUGACGGGAAGAUAGUGAAGAUUGAAGGCAAGAGCAUCACUGUUAUAGCCAGACUUGGCAAGCCACCGUGUGAUGGAUCCCGUGAGCAGGAGCCUAGCUGUGGACGACCCCUGGGUAUCAGAGUGGGUCCUAACGGUACCCUUUUUGUAGCUGACGCCUAUCUGGGGCUGUUCGAGAUCAACCCUGUCACAGGUGAGGUGACCAACCUGGUGUCGGCUGGGCAGAUGGUUGGGGGCCGGAGGCUCUCCUUCGUCAAUGACCUGGAUGUAACACAGGAUGGGAGAAAAGUGUACUUCACAGACUCUAGCAGCAGGUGGCAGCGCAGAGAUUACCUUCAUCUCAUCAUGGAGGCCACAGCAGAUGGACGUGUGUUAGAGUACGACACAGAGACCAAGGAGGUAACCGUGUUGAUGGAGAACCUUCGUUUUGCCAACGGGAUCCAGCUUUUCCCUGAUGAGGAGUCUGUGCUGGUGACUGAGACUACCAUGGCUAGGAUUCGCAGGGUCCAUGUGUCAGGUCUAAAUAAAGGAGGAAUGGACACAUUUGUUGACAACCUGCCUGGUUUCCCUGACAAUAUCCGUCGCAGCUCUUCUGGAGGGUACUGGGUGGCCAUGUCAGCGGUGCGGCCCAACCCUGGCUUCUCCAUGCUGGACUUCCUGUCCCAGAAGCCCUGGAUCAAGACGCUCAUCUUUAAGCUCUUCAGCCAAGACAUGCUGAUGAAGUUUGUGCCUCGCUACAGCCUGGUGAUAGAGCUGCAGGAGAGCGGGACGUGCCUGCGUAGCUUCCAUGACCCCCACGGCAUGGUGGCGGCCUACGUCAGUGAGGCACACGAGCACGACGGCCACCUCUACUUAGGCUCUUUCCGCUCCCCUUACCUCUGCAAGCUGGAUCUCAGCAAGGUGUGAGCUGAGAGCUGAGCACAACCACUUUCUCAGACACGACCCAUAUAUGAGACUGCUGUCUGCCUACCUAACACCUCACUACCUAGUCUGUUUUCCAGUAACAGCAAAUACAUCAGAAUUGAAAAGAAUGGCUUCAUGCUUGAUAUGCUGCAUUUGCAUUGCUUUUCACCAGCUUCAGGAAAAAAUGGACUAGUCUUCAUUAAGUAUCUGCACUAUUAAGGCGCAUUUGACUGGGAUGCAUAUCCAUCCUUUCUAGUCUUAUCAGCCUACAAUUAACUAUUAACCCUUUAAUUUCUGUUGACAGUGCAUCUCAGUAGUUUCUCAAGGAAUGUUUUUUAUUUAACCAAACAGUCUUUGGGCCAAAUAGUUUGCCCAAAAAUCCCCAUGUAAGUACAUUGUCUUUCAGGUCUGUGUUUUAGGUUGUUGAAAUGUGCCAAAUUUGUUCUUAUUUUUGUUUUGUUUGUUUAAACCAUUCAGUAUCUCAACUUUUAAUUUCAUUUUUGCACUAAGCUCUCAUCUCACCCUUAAAUAUAACUGACAAUGUUAUUAUUGUACUUGGAGAAUUUCAAAGAGUUAAUUUUAUCAGUUGAAAUACACACCGAGUAUUAUUUUAGGAGUGCCACUUUGAACUGAUUUAUUUUGUGUAUAUUUAGAAAUCCAAGAUAUUGUUCAUCAUAAUAAAGGUGAUGCAAAAAGA